AGUGUUGGUAGGGAGGCGGCCCCGUUUACGACCUGCCCUCUACUUCACACCCACCCCAUAAAACAGGAAGAUAACUUGGCCGAAACCCGUCUUGUUAGCAUGAAAACACGAUACGACAUGCUGUAGAAAAGCUUGACUAGCAAACAGACUAAACGGAGACACAACACUAAAAAGACUUUACAGCGGCUGGUCGUUUUAAACUCUAACUGCAGCGUCAACGGCUUUUUUUUAUUCACGAGUGAAGCGGACGUUAGCUUGUUUGCUAACUUUUACAUAAAUCCCGAUCGAGGUUCUCCCACAGCUGGUUCGGGUUGCGCAAGACUGCUGGCAAGUUUUACUCCGUCUGACAUUUCACCAUGGGAUCCAGAGCGUCCACGUUACUCCGAGAUGAGGAAAUCGAAGAAAUUAAGAAGGAGACUGGCUUCUCACACAGUCAGAUCACUCGCCUGUACAGCCGUUUCACCAGUCUGGAUAAAGGAGAAAACGGCACCCUCAGUCGAGAGGAUUUCCAGAGGAUCCCGGAGUUGGCCAUCAAUCCGCUGGGAGACCGAAUCAUCAAUGCAUUCUUUCCUGAGGGAGAGGACCAGGUGAACUUCAGGGGCUUCAUGCGAACUCUGGCUCACUUCAGACCAAUCGAGGACAACGAGAAGAGCAAGAACGCCGCCGUCAGCGAGCCGCUCAACAGCAGGACUAACAAGCUGAUGUUUGCUUUCCGUCUGUAUGACCUGGACAGAGAUGACAAAAUCUCUCGGGACGAGCUGCUGCAGGUCUUACGGAUGAUGGUUGGCGUGAACAUUUCAGACGAUCAGCUUGGCAGCAUCGCUGAUCGGACCAUACAAGAGGCUGACACGAAUGGAGAUAACUCCAUUUCCUUCAAUGAAUUCAUCAAGGUCUUGGAAAAGGUCGACGUGGAACAGAAAAUGAGCAUCCGGUUCCUACACUAAAUAUCUUUUAAAAGAAAUAUUAUUAUUAGUCAUUAUUACUUUGAGUAGAGCUUCAACAUGUCAGUUGAUUUCAGAACACAACCCCAUCCAGCUCGUCAGCAGGCUGCUGUGGCCCACACGACGAGACCAAGCGUUGGGUAGAUAAUGUCAGACCUCUGCUCCGCUCUGUAAACAAAGGGGAAAGUUCCGUGCCUUGGGGUGUUUUUUGCACUGUCACUAUGAAUUUUUUUUUCUCCUCCUCAAUGGAACAUUAUUUAUUCGAAAAACUUUUUAGAGGUUUCACAGUCGCCAUCGCUGUUCCACUUUUCACAUGAAAAUGGGUUUCCCAGCCCCGGUACAUUAAAGCUCUUUGCUUUUUACCGUGAGUAAGUCUAUUAUAUGUUUACUCGUGCUGUCUGAUGGAUAGAUGGCACACGAUGUGUCCUCGUCCUCAUGAAUAUACAACGGCUCAAGGCAAAAUGUGUUAGGUGUUUGAUUCCACUUAAAAAAGCAGAGAGUGUCUUUCACGCCAACAGGAUCUUAUGACAGAGUCAGACCCGUCGGCUCUACGUUUGUCUCUUGGAGCAAAGCCGGACCUGCUCUACAGUUUUGUGUUUCACUCACUUGAAGUGCCAUGGCGUUGGUUCCCCUUUUGUAAGUUAUUAUCUCCACCGUAUACCAGAACCUAUCGCCUUGUUUGUGUAUUUUUAUUUUCCAUAGGGGGUUAAUGUAGCUACUGCCAAUAUAGUGUAAUUACCUGUUUCAUUUGUUGGUCUUGAACCAAAGUGAGUUCCAAAGCCAAUAGCGCCACUGAGUCAACACAUGUGUAUUGUGAGAUUUAAAGAACUCCUUAUUCAGUUACAACAACAAACAACUGUGGCAGUAAGAAUGAAGAUUUCACAAGAAAUGCUGCCAUUUCUUUGGUUCGUGGGUGUGUGUCUUCCCUAGCACAUGUUCUUGCUCAUUUGCAAAAUGGUAUUGCUAGUAUUUAGAUGCCCCGUGGCCUGCUUUCCAGAUUUAGUCUUAAAGCCCUGGUCGAACGGCGCCAGGCCCUGUGAUGGAAAUUGUGCCGUGGAUUUGUUAGUUUGUAGACUUAGAAUGGGUAAACUCAUGAUAAUGUGCUAUGGUUCUAUAUAUCUGAUCAGUCUUCCUGUGACUAAAGAAUGUGUGUGUAGAUGUACGCACUGCUUCCAUAUUUGUCUGGCAUUGUCUUUUCCCAUCGAAUAGUUCCAGAUGUUAAAAAGAAUCAAAUGCUUUAAAUAUGUAUUUUCUGUACAGGCUAGUGUACAGGGUUUGUGCAAAUAGCUGACCCUUUAAUCUCUAAUGUGAGUUUGUCAAAUCAUUACAAGAACACCCUCCAGCCUCUGAGUGCAGGGAAUACAACUUGACCAUAUAAUUAAUCAGUAUGUGAUUUAUCAAAGAGAUAAUGUUAUGUGACGUUGGUCUAGGUGUUAUCAAAGUGAUUCAUGAAUAUAAUUUGAAUAAAUGAGGUGCCAUGCUUAA